CCGUGGGAAAAACUUCUCUUUUCCAAUUAAUGGUUAAUCUUAUUCAGUAACGUAAGGGACUUAAAAACGCUAACUUUGUCCUGUUUGCCGAGAAGGAGAUCAUUGUUACUGCAGGGGUGGUACUGUUGGGGAAAUUUAUGGGCUGUACGAGCCUUUUGGCUUUGUACACUUCGUCAAAGGCGAUGUGGGGGGAGCCUGAAUGCUAUAUUCAUCCAUGAAGAAACAAAGAACAAAUUGCCUUACUUUAAAGUAAAAUGCUCUGACUAAUGAAGGCCCUUCCCUCUGUCUGGUCCAAUUUCAGUCCUUGGUCACAUGCUGACGGUCUCAUUGAUAUUGAGAUUGCAGGGGUAUAACUAUGGAUGCUCAUUUGCUUACAGAACAUACAUGACUAAAGUGACACCCCAGACUCUUUUGAGCAAUUGUUAAGGGAUACUUUAACCUGAGAAUGAAGAGAUAAACACUUACUCGGCAGAGCCGUAUGAUUGAAACCACAACCCAGCCCUCUGUUAUUGGACAAGGCUGUGUCCUUCUGCCCCAAAAAACCGAUGUUGCAGUAGUUCAGAUGGAUCACAACAAAGAGGCAGAAAUGGAAUUACGAAGAUCCUCUAGUCCUAGCAAGUUAAACAAGAAUGAUGUUGAUGGCGACAAGUCCAUGUGCCACAGCUGCUGCAUCUGUGGUAAAAGUUUUCCUUUUCAGAGCUCCCUGUCUCAGCAUAUGAGGAAGCACACAGGAGAGAAGCCCUAUAAAUGUCCUUAUUGCGACCAUAGAGCUUCCCAAAAGGGCAACUUGAAGAUACACAUUCGGAGUCAUAGAACAGGCACUUUAAGUCAUGGGCAUGAGGUGGAGUUGGGAGAAGCACAGCUUGGAGAGAUGGGAGUCUCAGAAGGCCUUGAUGGAUGCACUAGCCCCACUAAAAGUACAUCUGCCUGCAACAAGAUUCUGAAUGGGGCAACCCAGACAGACAACAGCAAGAUUUUGUUGAGAAGCAGCAAGAAAGAGCUUGUCACAGAGACACUGCCUGCAGAAGAUGGUAAGCAACCCACUUAUCAGUGCACCUUCUGCAAAAACAAAUUUGAGAGAAAAAAAGACCUGGAACAGCACCUACACCAAGUCCAUAAGCCAUACAAAUGCAGGCUUUGUAAUUACAUGACACUGAGAGAAGAGACGCUGUUAAACCACAUAGAGAAAGACCAUAUUACAGCUCAAAUUCCAAAUGGGGAAGCUUAUUCUGAGAAUUGCAAGAGUGAGCUGAAUACAGGGGAAUUUCCUUGUGAAGUCUGUGGUCAGGCCUUCAGUCAAACCUGGUUUCUCAAAGCUCAUAUGAAAAAGCAUAGGGGAUCCUUUGAUCAUGGAUGCCACAUUUGUGGCAGAAGAUUUAAAGAACCCUGGUUUCUCAAAAACCACAUGAAAUCACAUGGCCCAAAGACUGGGAGCAAAAACAAACCAAAAAAUGAUUUAGAGCCCAUAGCCACUAUUAAUAAUGUGAUUCAGGAGGAAACAAUUGUGACCGGCUUAUCUCUGUAUGAAGUUUGCACCAAGUGUGGAAAUCUGUUUACAAAUAUGGAAAGCCUGAAAGCGCAUAAUGCUGUACACUUCAGAGCUCAAAGAAGCAGUACUGAGUACAAAGCUGAGGGGUUAAUUGAUGGAAGCCUAGAUCCAUCUGUAACAAAGCAGUUUUUCUUACAGUGCCUGAAUCUGAGGCCAUCUGUAGGGAUAGAUAGAGUUACAAGAGGACAGCCUGGAAAAAGGGUAGCUGAGCUGGAUCCAGUCAAUAGCUACCAGGCCUGGCAGCUGGCCACCAAAGGAAAAGUAGCAGAGCCCUCUGAGUAUGUAAAAUAUGUGGGAUGGGAUGAAGCCCUUGCUGAUGCAGAUGUGACUUAUGACAAGGAUAAGAGAGAAUAUAUUCUUGUCAGCCAGGAGAAGCGGAAGCGAGAUCAGGAUUCACCCAGUUCUUCCAGCAAUCCCAAGAAGAAAAGCUGUGUCAGUGGGCGCUUGGAGAAGAACAGCAAUGUGCAACAAGGAGAAAAUGGUAUUCUUGCCCAGAACGACCUGGACUAUAGACCCUCGUCAAGGCAGAGCAGAAGGGCAUCCCAGAACAAAUCCACCGAGUGUUUUGAGUGUGGCAAGAUUUUCCGUACCUACCACCAAAUGGUGCUUCAUUCUCGGGUACACAGAAAAGAACGCAGGAGCUGCAGUGAGAGUGGGGCCAUUGUUCAGCCAGAUCGGUAUGGAUCCAGCAGCGAGGAAGGGGAUUCUGGUUCUGUUAGUGGGCCGAGCACACCAGGCUCAGCUUCUGCCCCAGAAGAUUCUGUGACCUCUGGAAUGGGUGAGGAGGGUGCUGAGGACAGCUCUGAGGAAGGAGUUCCUGAACCAUCACUAGGUAAACCAUCAUACACAACGGUUCUCCCCCCUUUCUCCUAAGCUACCAUUUCUUUGUCUCUAGCUCUUUUAGAUCCCAUGCCUCUUAGCCUCCUGGGGUCUGAAUGUGGGACACAGCAAGGAGCAAAGGAGCAAAAUGAGAGAGGAGCAAAAUACCAUAAGAAGCUUAAAAUUAAUGUGGAUCAAUUCUGUAGCCUAAUUAACAUUGUUUAUAGUCUCAGUUCCAUGAUUCAACAUUUCUGUUGUAAAUAAUAAAAGUGAGAUCACAGGAGGUCUUUGCAAGAUGCAGGUAAAUUUGGAUUUCAAAUGAAGGACAACUGAGAGGUAGCUUAGUUACCCUUAGCAACGCAGUUACCUCUGCUGUUUGCUUCAGUAUUUCUGCUGUUAGCUUCAAUAUAUCAGUAUGUUUCCUGGAGAUCUAGUUUUGCCCUGAUUUACACCUUUUCUGCUGUCAGUAUACAGGUGUAAUUAGAGUUUAGUUUGCCUGCUGUAACCUUGAAACACAUAAACUUGUUAAUUACUAAUGAGAAAGGCAUUCCUUCCUCUUUUCUUUUUCUGUGCUCUGCUUCCCCAAACUUGUGUUAUAACUGUAAGGCUAUAAUUAAUCUCUCUGGAUUAAAGCAGUCCUUUGAGUUCAGUACUAGCUAAAUGAAACAAAUUAUUCCCUAAAUAGCAGCAAAGUAAAUAUUUAAAGAAAUACUGAGUACUUCUAUAUCAUUUUUAAUUUUUGUUGUUUACUUUCCUUUGUUUAUAAUACCCUGUUAGAAAUGAGAGAAAUAACAUUUCUUUCAUUACUAGCCCUAUGGUAUUUUUCCUUUUUGACAAAGUGUUUUCCCCAUUGUUUUCUUUCAUGAAGAACUAACUUGUUUUCAGGAGCUUCAGUUAGGAAAUCACUGGCACAGUUCUGGGAAAUUUUUUUAAAGAUAUCCUUUAACAACUGGUUCCUGAAUCUGGUUAAUGAAUGUCAUAGAAGAAUGAACACAAUGUAUUCCAGGAUUGUGUGUUAAGUUAUACAUAUUAUUAUUGAUGGCAAUAAUAAUGUGGUGCUGGAUAUUUUUUGUCACUGGACUUUCCCCUGUGAUCAUUUUAAGAGAGGUCAAAAUUUGAACUGAAACUAUUAAGUAUACCUCUUUAUAAAAUGCUGACAGAAUCUGCUAGAUUAGGGAUUUUCAAACUCUGGCUUGUGACUUCUAAGGGCAAGCCACUAGCUGGCCACAAAA